UUUGGUUGGGUGCGCGCAUGCCAGCAACAAAAGCAUUUUCAACAGAAACAGACCAGCAAUAAAGACCAACAAUAAAUACAACUUAUAAGUAGCCGCAGCAGUGCCGUUCUAAGCUUAAGCUACGCCAGAAAAACCUGCGCGCGCCAAACUCUUGUUUAAAUGAAAAACUAACCAAGCCACAAAAAAUAACAAACAAAGAUACACCGUUUAUUUACGUUUUGUGUUCGUCUCUACAUUAGUUUGUGCAAAUACCCAAAUAAUAGAAAAAAAAAACCCAACUCAACUUAUCUGUACAAAUUGUGUAUGUUGAACACUGAAGCUAAGUUGCAAGUGAUUGCACAAGUGUUCAAAAAGCAACAGUAACUGAACAACAGUAACAAACGCCAUUUAAAUAUGCCCCAGCAAAUGGCCAAAAAUAACUGUAAAGAAGUGCACGUCAAUGCCUAACGGGCAUUUUAUUAUUUUUGCGUGAAAAUACUUUUCCGUCGUAGCGUUUUUCUCCGUCUUCUUUUUUUUUUGUUGUUUAAUUUUUCGGUGUCUUUCGGGCAACACGCUUCGGGGUGUUCAAAGGCCUACCCAUGAAAUGUAAAAGCUGGUCCAAUAAAAUCAACAAUUUUGUUGUGCGCAGACUGAAGUCCAUAAAGAAUAACGGUACACAGCAACAACAGCAAUCGGUAGAAACCUCAGCAACAACAGGAGGCCAGAGUCCAGCGACUUGCGUCAGCAUCGCCACUGCAGCUGCAGUUGUCGUCGCCUCGAGCAGCAGCAAUAACAGUAACAACAUUGAAACGCCGCCAACAACGCCGCAGCAACAAUCAAACAUAGCUGCAGUCGCGGCAGCAACAACGGCAACAAUGCCGGCUAUGCCAAAAGAAAAAGCUACAACUGCAGUGUCCUUUAACAAUUUUGCUGAACUGGGCUUGAAGAAGGAGCGACUGGGCGUAAUGGCAACAACAAUGACGCGCAUGCAGAAGCAACAGCAGCAACAACAACAAACCUGCGGCUGCGGUGCUGCAUCAGCAGUCACAACAACAACAACAACAUCAACAACAACUGAGAACAACAAUAACAGUCGCUAUGGCAACAGCAACAGAUAUUUACCAAACGGCCACACAUCGCCGUUGGCUGCUGCACUCGCCAGCAACAGUUCACCACUACCGAUUUACACAAUGUGCUGCUCACAACAAGAACUACAUCAGCAGCAACUGCGCGCUCAAUCACAAAACACAAAACUGUACAUUGAUGCGAUGAUGGGUUCGCCCUCCAGCAGCCGCAAUACAUCGGCAGCGACGGCCGUAGAGCCGCUAACGCCACCAAAAAAAUCGGCUGACGAUUACAUAUUUGGGCGUUACAUUGGUGAGGGCAGCUUUAGCAUGGUCUAUUUGGCCGUCGAUGUCCACACCCGACGCGAGUAUGCAAUCAAAGUGUGCGAGAAGCGAUUGAUCCUACGUGAGCGUAAACAGGACUACAUUAAGAGGGAGCGUGAGGUGAUGCACAUGAUGACCAAUGUGCCUGGCUUUGUGAAUCUCUCCUGCACAUUUCAAGAUCAACGAUCGCUCUACUUUGUGAUGACGUAUGCGAAAAAGGGUGACCUCCUGCCGUACAUUAACAAGGUGGGCAGCUUUGAUGUCGCCUGCACACGUCACUACGCGGCUGAGUUGGUGCUCGCCUGCGAACAAAUGCAUCGUCGGAAUGUUGUGCAUCGAGAUUUGAAGCCUGAGAACAUAUUACUGGAUGAGGAUAUGCACAUGUUGAUUGCAGAUUUCGGAUCUGCCAAGGUGAUGACGCCGAAGGAGCGCACUGAGGCGGCCAGCCAGCUGUCGGAUAGGGGAAGACGCCGUCGCUCGGCACGUAGUUCGGACGAUGACGAGGAUAGCGAAGAUUUGUAUUAUGAUCUCGACGACCAGGACGAUCUGGAUGACGUUGAUGGCGAAUCCAAUGAUGAUGUCGAUGGAGGCGAUGAGGUCGAUUCCGCGUAUCACAGCUGCAUGCCCAGACGGCGGCAGAGGCGUCCGAGGCGAGGUAGCUUUGUGGGCACCGCCCAAUAUGUGUCGCCCGAGGUGCUACAAAAUGGACCCAUCACACCCGCCGCAGACCUUUGGGCCCUUGGCUGCAUUGUCUAUCAGAUGAUAUCCGGCCUGCCGCCCUUCAGGGGUAGUAACGACUACGUCAUCUUUAAGGAGAUACUCAGCUGUGGGGUCGACUUCCCGCAGGGUUUCGACAAGGAUGCCGAGGAUCUAGUCAAAUGUCUGCUCAAGGUAGAUCCGCGGGAGCGUCUGGGCGCCCAGGAUGAAUUUGGCUACUACGAGAGCAUACGUUCGCAUCCCUUCUUUGCCGGCAUCCAGUGGCGAACAUUGCGCCAACAAACUCCACCGCCCAUCUAUCCCUAUUUGCCGGGAGUGUGCAAGGACGAAGAUUUCCCCUCCAGCUUCAGUGUGCCUGGUGAUUUGGAACCUGGUCUCGAUGAGCGCCAGAUCACUCGUUUGCUGGGCAUGGAACUUGGUGUGGGCAGUGUUGGUGGCAGCGACAGUGCAGCGCAAAAGACUGCGAAGACAAAAAACUCCUUCGAUCUGAGCGAUGCGGAGAAAAUGCAACGCCGACAGGCACAAAAGACUGAUAAAUGGCACGUGUUUGCCGACGAUGAGGUCAUCCUCAAGAAGGGAUUCGUUAACAAACGGAAAGGUCUCUUUGCCCGAAAACGCAUGCUGCUACUCACUACUGGCCCCCGUCUCAUUUACAUCGAUCCGGUCCAGAUGAUUAAGAAGGGCGAAAUACCCUGGAGCCCUGAAUUGCGUGUCGAGGCCAAGAACUUUAAAAUUUUCUUCGUCUAUACGCCCAAUCGCACAUACUAUCUGGACGAUCCCGAGGGUUAUGCGCUCGACUGGGUGGAAGCAAUUGAAAAUAUGAGCAAGCUGAGCUACGGAAGCGCAGCGACUGCGACGUCAGCGUCGGCAUCGGCAUCGGCAUCAUCAUUACCCGCAACGUCAUCGUCGAAUCGCAGCAACAGUAGCAGCAGCAGCCUAGCCAUUGUAGCCAGUAUUGCCAACUCGAAUUCAUCCGCCUCGUCAAAUUGUUCGCCAACAGCGAGAAGAAAUUCGCCCGCAGCUUGCAGACAACAAAUGCCGUUAGGAUCGCUGACAGCCCCAACAGCAGCGUCAACGACGACUGCGACGUUGGCAGUGACAUCAGCAUCAGCAGCAGCAGCAGCAACGACGACGCAUGCCAAGAAAACGGCGUCCAAUUGAGUGUCAAGAGUAAUUCAAAUUUAGUGGAAAUGCAAAUUUAAUUCUAAUUUAGUUGAAAUUUAGUAUAGAAAAUAAUCUUAAAAUUAGCAGAGCUGAGAGUGCGCAGAAUAAACCCUAACAUUAACAUUAGCGUUAGACACAGGCAAAAAAUGAAAAACAGAAACAACGCAAAACCCAAAAACUGUUUAAAGUGCUAACUAAAAUUUGUUUUCCUUCGUUUCUACGCUGCUUUUUUUUUGUUUUUUGUUUUGUUGUUGAUUUUUGAGCGUUUAAGUUAAUUUUUCCAUUGUUUUUCAUUUUGUUCUUUCUAUUCUUUGUUUUAUGAAACCCAAUUAGAAGAUAUAGUACUCGAUGUAGUAGAUGGCCAAAAAGAUAAAAGGCAUAGCAAAAUGGGCAUAAGUAAAUGAAUUAUAUGCAUAUAUAAGCAAACAUACAAGCAUACAACAUACAUGUAAUAUUUAUAAAUCACACUCACACACACACACACACACACACACACACACAGGCACACACAUAUAGACUCUUGGGAAGGGAGGGGGCGGCACACGAAGCCGUGCUUUAGUAUAGUUUUUUAGCGCGUAGUUAGUCACAAUUUAAAUAAAUUAAUUACAGUUUAGAACUAGCAGGCCAACACAUACAAGCAUACAACCACACACACACACAUACACACAUGCACAUACACAGGCACAUGCUGCCUACACAAAGAACAAAAAGAACAACUUCACUUGUUUUGUGAAUUGCCAAAAAUUACAUUUCUUGUGUGCGUGCGUGUGUGUGUUGUGCAUGUAUGAGUGCGGAAGUGCUCGCCCACUUGGCAAGGUCAUCAAGUAUGUGCGUGCGUGUGUGUAUGUAGACUUAUAAGCCUAGACUAAUUAAAAAUUCAAUUGUAUUUACACCACAGAUAGGAAAGAUAUGAUGAUGAAGAUGAAGAAGAGUGGAAAAGUGGAAAAGUGUGGAAACAAGACGGGAAAAAUUGUAGCAAAUUGUGAACUGUAAACAUUAAUUAGCAAAGUAAAUAGUAUUACGUACAUAUGCAUAUAUUAAUAUAUAUGUAUAUACAUAUAUGUAUACCUAACCUAUAUAAAGGCAUCGUGUGUAUGUGCAUGUCUUGGAACCCAAUCGUAAAUUAUAAAACUAAAGGUUAAUGUCAAAUACACUGGAAACAACACUCUAUGAUUGUAAA